AUGCUGGUCUUAGACUCCAUCCAUCCAUCCAUCCACGCUUCAUCUGCCUCCAGCCCGCGCGCACAGCCAUCAUGCUGUGAUUGUUUUCUUCCUGAGUUUGGAGCGUGCACAGGUGCCCCCCCUCCCCUCACCCUCUGCACUGCGCUGACUAUGGUCACAGCCCCCUCCGUGCCAAGGUGGAUCCUUCGCGCGUAUCUCGGAUCGGUGCGCUCCUGCAGGGGCUGGGAUGCGCGCCGGGAACGUCCCGCUUCCUGCCAAGUUUCGGGUCUGAGUCGGAGUCCAAAGCCCCCCCGGGGCGCCGCGGUCAGUCCUCCCGGAGCAGGAUGCCGGUGAUGAGAGGGCUGCUGGCCCCCCAGAACACCUUUCUGGAGACCAUCGCCACCCGCUUCGAUGGCACCCACAGCAACUUUGUUCUGGGUAACGCCCAGGUGCAGUCGCUCUACCCCGUCGUCUACUGCUCUGAUGGCUUCUGUGAGCUCACCGGGUAUGCCCGGGCGGAGCUCAUGCAGAAGAGCUGCGCCUGCCACUUCCUGUACGGUCCAGAAACCAGUGACCGCUGCACAGCUCAGAUCCAAGGAGCCUUGGAUGAGAGGAGGGAGUUCAAGACUGAGCUGGUCUUCUACAAGAAGGAAGGUACCAAGUUCUGGUGUCUUCUGGACAUCGUUCCCAUUAAGAACGAGAAGGGGGAGGUGGUUCUGUUCCUCGUAUCCCACAAAGACAUCACAGACAAGAAGAAGGAGCAGGAUCCAGAGCAGGGGCCGGAUACAGAUGAAGAGACGGGUUUAGAGGUGCAUCAGAUAACUGCCCCCCCAGGCUUCAAUGCCAAUCGACGCCGCAGUCGAGCCGUUCUGUACCAGCUAUCGGGACAUCUACAGAAACAGGACAAGAGCAAGCUCAAGAUUAAUAAUAACAUGUUUGGUCAGACGCCACCCAUCCCAGAGUACAAAGUGGCUGCCAUUCAAAAAUCCCGCUUCAUCCUGCUCCACUACGGAGCCUUCAAGGCUGGCUGGGAUUGGCUGAUUCUACUGGCGACCUUCUAUGUUGCGGUCACUGUGCCCUACAAUGUUUGCUUCAUGGUUGGGGGCGGGCGAGACGAAGGUAGCAGCACCCGCAGUCCGCCCAGCAUCAGCGACAUCCUGGUUGAGAUCCUGUUUAUUCUGGACAUCCUGCUGAACUUUCGGACAACCUUUGUGAGCAUGUCUGGUCAGGUGGUGUAUGACGCCCGCUCCAUCUGUGUCCACUAUGCCACCACCUGGCUGUUUGUGGACCUGAUCGCCGCCCUGCCCUUUGACCUGCUGUAUGCCUUCAACAUCAGCGUGUACUUUGGCGUCCACCUGCUGAAGACGGUUCGGCUGCUGCGACUACUGCGACUGCUUCAGAAGCUGGAGCGGUACUCUCAGUACAGCGCUGUCGUCCUCACGCUACUCAUGUCCAUGUUUGCCCUGCUGGCCCACUGGAUGGCCUGUGUGUGGUACUUCAUUGGUCGCCGGGAGAUCGAAAGCCCAGGCUCCUGGGACAUCGGUUGGCUCCAUGAGUUGGCGAAGCGCCUGGGCACACCAUACUUCCUGUCCCCUUUCAUGACUUCAGUCCCCUCCACUGCGAGCAGCCUGCCCACCAACAGCAGUCAGUGGAACGUGUCAGUGUCAGAGGCAGUGAGACCAGGAAGCUGGAACUCCAGCCAAGAUUUUGGGAACAAUACUGGGGGAGCAGACGCGUCAGAGACCAGCACUCUGAAGAUACUGGGGGGCGGCCCGUCCAUGCGCAGCAGCUAUGUGACUUCGCUCUACUUCGCACUGAGCAGUCUGACUAGCGUGGGCUUUGGAAAUGUGUCUGCCAACACAGACUCUGAGAAGAUAUUCUCCAUCUGUACAAUGCUCAUUGGAGCACUGAUGCAUGCUGUGGUCUUUGGUAAUGUGACAGCCAUCAUCCAGAGGAUGUACUCCCGCCGGUCGCUUUACCACACUCGCACCAAAGACUUAAAAGACUUCAUCAGGGUCCAUCGGCUUCCCAAAGCUUUGGAGCAGCGCAUGUUGGAGUGUUUCCAGACCACCUGGUCAGUCAAUAACGGCAUAGAUGUCAACGAGCUGCUGAAAGAUUUCCCAGACGAGCUGCGCGCCGACAUUGCCAUGCACCUGAACAAGGAGCUGCUUCAGCUGCCCCUGUUUGAGUCGGCCAGCAGGGGCUGCCUGCGCUCCCUUUCCCUCAUCAUCAAGACCUCCUUCUGCGCUCCAGGGGAGUUCCUCAUCCGCCAGGGGGAUGCCCUGCAGGCCAUCUACUUUGUGUGCUCAGGCUCCAUGGAGGUACUGAAGGACAACACUGUACUGGCUAUUCUGGGUAAAGGAGAUCUGAUUGGUUCUGACUCACUGACCAAAGAGCAUGUGAUUAAGACCAAUGCCAACGUGAAGGCGCUGACGUACUGCGACCUGCAGUACAUCAGCCUGAAGGGGCUGCGGGAGGUCCUGCGCCUCUACCCCGAGUACGCCCAGAAGUUUGUGAGUGAGAUCCAGCACGACCUCACCUACAACCUGCGGGAGGGCCACGGAGCCGAUGUGGACUGGGACAGUAACGGCUCUCUGCUGAAGAAGCUGCCAUCCAUCCGUGAAGAUGAGGAGGGGGACGAGCAGCAGAGGACCGUGUCCCGCCCCCCUCGAUCACCGGUGCACCUGAACCGGGGUCUCAGCUCCCCGCUGCGGUCCCCGCUGAUGGCUCCACGGCCCCUCAGAGCCCCCUCUGAGCACGUGCGUCCGUGCACGCUGCAGAUUCCGGUGGUCAGCUUCAGCGGGGCGCCACCAGAGCUCAGCCCCAGGUGAUGCACACACGUGCACAAACAGCAUGUGAGCCCGAGCAGACGCUACGACUCUGGUUUCUAUGGCAACAUAUUCUGCAAGGUGAAGCGUGCAUGUGCAGGGAAGUGGUGACUAUGAUCUGUCCUGCAGGUUUGUGGAUGGAAUCGAGACUGAGAGCGUGUCCGGACUCUCCCAGAGAUUUGAGUU